ACAUUAUAGAGAAAAUCUUGUGUCAAGAUAUCAAGGAGUUUUGUGUUUGAUCAUAUUUUGUACAAAACAUAUUAGAGAGUUUCACAAGUCCAAGCUUUUUCACAAGUCUCAAGGAGCUUUGGUUGUUGACGAGGUCAUCGAACUCGUUGAUGAUUAGGGUUAUGUCCGAGGAGAAGUGCAAGAACAUGUUAUGGAUGCCAUUGGUGAUGUAGGAACGGAUCUCCAUCGGGAGGAGGUCGCUUGCCAUGGAGUGAACCACCAUUGAGAUGGCAGCCACCGAGGCCAUUGUCGAGAGCAUCGUCUUCACAGUGGCAGGUUGGACUCUAUCAUGGAGAAGGUAAAGAAGGACAUUCUGAUUUUUUGUUUGUUCUCUUUGGGAGUUUGGGAAGGGAAAACAGUGGUGACGCAAAUCGAAAGUGGUGGUAUUGGUUAUUUAUAAUGGUGAUUUUGGAAGUAUAUACGUUUGGGAAUGAAUGCAAUUUUUUCUACCAGCGAGGUGCCGGCGUUGAGGUGAAUGAUACCAUGGCAACGUUAGCUAGAGCAGAAUACUGGGACAAUGAUGUUGUGGUUGCUGUCAUUUUGGGUACUGGAAGCAAUGCUUGCUAUGUUGAGCAUAUCAAUGCCAUUCCUAAGUUGCAGGGCUACGUCUCUUCUUCUAGGAAAAUGAUCAUCUUAAUAUGCGAAAAGCAUUCCUUGAUUCAGAUCAUUAGCAUUGAGUGGGGUGCUUUCUCAAAUGGUCUCCCUUUAACCAAGUUCGAUAGGGAAAUGGAUGCUACUAGCAUCAAUCCGGGUGAGCAGGCCCAACCAAAAAGGAUUCUUGAGGUGAAGAAUAUUCUUGGUUUGACCAAACAACAUGUUGCUAGUCAUUUGCAGUGGCACACUUGGUUGCUCCAGUCACUGCAAAAGAUUUGCUGACUAGGAUGCGAAAUCCGCGAGCGAGGAGAAGUUAACAUAGCAUUCAAGCUGCAAGGAGGUUGCCUGUGAGGUAUUCCCAGGCUCAUCUGAAGUUUCUUGGCAUUGGAUU